AUGGUCCGUUUCCUCGUCCGUCGUCCUGCUCGUCGCUGUUUCUCGAGCGUUCAUGCUCCAAAUGUUCAGUUUGAAUUUUUAUCUAUGGAAAAUGACAAAUUGCUACCUAUAUCGAUUGUAACAAAGCGUGUAUUAGAGUAUCUAAUGGUGGAUCAAAAGGAUAUAAAACGUGUGCUUUCAGCCAAGGAACAAGUCCGUCCACUUCCAUACAAGACGCUCUUUGCUCCGCAGCAAGUACAUCAACUCACACCUUUGGUUCAAUGGAGCUUUCAGAAACUCCAGGACGAUUCUUCAGACGCAGCCGAUGCUGUAUUUGCAGCGCUGGAACCGCAUGCGAAUAUGGCUCGAAACGUCGUAUGGCAGCGGUAUUUCCUGCGCCAGUUUUUCCUGUCGGGAGCUCCGUUGCAAGCAUAUAUGAAGGCUUAUAAAAGCCACAAAGAUGCUUUUUCAAAGUCUAGGGAACAAGUGGUAGUGAAAGAAGAGAAAGGAGACGAGGACGAUGAAGAGGAGAAAGGAGACGAGGAAGUUACGAAGAAGAAAGACAAUGUCUGCUUGAGUCAAGGCAAAGCAAGUACGAUCCUGAUUGCAAAUAAAGAGUGGGAGUGGGUACCAAUGUAUGUAGCCACUGGUAUUGUCAAGGAAUUUUGCUUUCGUGGACGCUUUGCCGAAGCCAUUGAAGCCUACGCGUCACUGCCGUUAACAGACACAGGACGCCAUAAAGUGGUGACAAUUUUGCAAAACUAUGAACAAUAUCUUUCCAUCCUCUAUCUCUACGAAGUUCAUCGUGCAAUGGGGGACACUGUAACGCCACUCGACGUUGCGCCGGAAUUCGACGCACUGAAAAAAGUGGGACGUGUUGAAGAAAUGGACAUGCGCUUUCAAGAGCUACCAGUCAAAGAGCAAAGUCGUGCUGAUAUCCAGGAGCUUAUGGGCAAUUAA